GGCAGGGGGGAAAGGGGGCGUUGCCUGGAGCUAUGACUCCAUGUGAGAGGCAGCCGGCUUCGUUGCAUCCAUCCAGCACCUCAGGAUACCUGUAGUCUACAUCUGCUAUAUCCCGGGUCAAUGCCCAUCUCACCGCGCAUGUUGUCACCUUGCUGUACAGCAACGCCUAGACUUGUUGUGUAAUCGGUUGCUUUCUUGGGCAACGUUUGUGGUGGAAUGUCGGGCAAGCGCGUCAAAUUCCAAAUAUCAGCUUCGGGCUCCCCAAAAGGUCGCCGCAGCCACGAACAAGAAUACGAUUCGGGGAUCGGUUCCUCGUCCAGUGACCAGACCAGUAUGGGUGGGAGAACUGACCGUAGAUUUACGAAGGAGGACUGCAAUGAUCAGCUUUACAGCGUCGGGUCUCUCCAGGAAGCACUCGGCCAAGCGAAUAUUGAGGUCGAGCACCUCCAGAGGGAGCGCACUGAGCUAGACAAGGAGUUGAGCAAGUCCCAUAAGCUGACUCGGGACGCAGAGCGGCGGUAUCACGAGGCAUACGAGCGUUGUAAAAAUCUGGAACAACACAACAAGGAGCUUAGCGAAGACAACGCUACGCAAGCAGAGCAAAUCAAAGAGCUCAAAACCACCUGCGACAGACUCGAGAGAGAUUGCCAGCAUUAUCGAUCAAAGUAUAUCGAACUACUAGAAUCUCGGGCCAACGCUGAGAUUAGGGGCGGCUCCGGCGAACCAUCCAAGGACGUUAAAGAGCGCAAGGAUCGAUCAAAAAGACACUCGGGUAGUCGAGAGGACAACCCCGAUUCGUCGGGCCGCCAUCGCCGGAGCUCGAGCGUUAGCGUAGGCUCGGGCGUUCGCUCAACCAGCAAAAAGCCGUAUAUCGAGAAGAUGCCAGACUCUCCCGGCAACUACGUCGCCUCAUCUACCGACUCGCGGAUGGCGUCUCAUCUAGAGCCACCGCCAUGCUCUCGUAUUCCUCGGACCACGCAACCAGACAGCCCUUCGAUAUACCAGCCCGUCGUCGAGAUUCCUACGGGGGACUACGUGCGGUACCCCCUCCACGACAAUCGCGAGAGACAAGGUGGCCGUCGACGGAGUUAAAGCGGCGACAUGAACAUUGUUUUCCCCUCAACCCAAAGUUUGUAAACCGCAACUACGGAAUCUAUCGCGUGUAUACUCGGACGAACUCUCACAGCAUCCACAUACCUAAUAUCAGUACCUUACUUGACCGCGACGGAAACAUGGAAGGCUA